AGCUGGGUGAAGUCCAAAAUGCCAUAAAAUGCUAUGAAGUUGGAGUAGUUUUUUGACACAAGAUGCAUCUCGAGCGCCACGAAACAACUAAAUUCAAAUUCAAUCCACAUUAAAUCGUCUUCUUUCAUUUGUCGAUGCGUGAACCGAGUUUGAAAUUUCAAUUUUAUGACACUAUGUGCAACUUGUGUCAAUGUUGUAAAAAGGCAUAUACGGUUUUAAAGACUUAUCAUCUGGCCCAGUCACAUAGAUUGCAUAGGUAGCCGUUCGAGAAACUUAACAAAAUACCACACAUGUUUUGUACUUAAGCACAAAUUUUAAACCUUGAUGAGUCAUUGAGACAUUGACACUGCAACUUAUCCUAGACCCCACCUGUAAAUGGCAUGUUUUUUUUUUCUUCCUGGUUUUUUUGUUUUUUUGAGCGCAUUUUUUUCCUUCCUGGUGGUAAGAGGACGGUUCUUUCCACAUUCCACAGCCCACUAGCCCAGGAAGCGGCCAGCCUGCUUGCGCGGUCGCCGGUGGUCGGCGGCGGCAAGCGUAUUCCGAUGGCGGCGGACGGCGGCGGCGGAAGUUCCAGGUCCGGAUGUGGAGCUCGUGACGGCGCGAGGCCGGUCCUCGUGGUGUCUCUCCCAACCCAUCGAAACCCUAGAUCCGCCCCCGUAGACACCGAGCCGCAGCGAUCCACCGGGGCCGGGCGCAAGGAGUCCACCGGCGACGCCGUUCUCCCGGAGGAGAUCGUGGUGUGGGAGAUCCUUGUCCACCUGCCUGCCGCGGCGGUGCUCCGCUGCCGCGCGGUGUGCCGCUCCUGGCGCCGCCUCACCUCCCGCGCCGACUUCAUCCUCGCCCACCACCGCCGCCAGCCGUCGCUGCCCCUCGUCGUGCUGCAAGGCGGGACCAGCACCGACCCGCGCCCGAGCUCCUCCGAGGACGGCCGCCGCGUCCUCGGCUUGGACGAGUACUACGACGGGACCGGCCGCCGCUUCAAGCUCUGCGGCUCCUGCGACGGCCUCCUCCUGCUGUCCCUGCUCGACCGCCGCUUCAGCAUCUGCAACCCGGCCACGCGCCAGUGCCUCCCGCUGCCGGCCCUCACCGACGCCGUCGGCGGGAGCGUCGUCGAGGCUCUGUACCUGCACGGCCCGUCCGGGGAGUACCGCGUCCUGUACUGGGACGAGGGGACACACCUGACCGACCUCAACUCCGUCUGCUAUGUCAUGGCGGUGCCGCAGGGGCGCGAGCCGAGGUGCAUUGGAAUUCCCGCGGCCUUUCCGGGCAUGGAGCUGGGUGGCAUUGCUCGUGGCAGGAGGAUGGUUACUAACAAUUCGCGCUCGCCUGUCCAGUUCCGUGGCUGCCUCUACUGGGACCCUGGCCGGUCCCCCCAUGUCAACAUGGUUGUUUUCGACACGGUAGCCGAGUCAUUCAGGUCGAUGCGCUGCCCUGCUGCUGCUACCAGUUACUGCAAUCGUUUGCACAAGAUGGGAGGGUCGCUCGGGUUCACCUGUUUCGAGGAUUGUAGGACAGCAGCGAAGAUCUGGGUACUGGAGGACCGGGAGGGGGAGGUGUGGUCGCUCAAGUACCGGAUCAAAUUCCCGGUGGAGAGCAUGUAUAACUUUGGGGAUACAGAGCAUCUGGUGUUGUCCCACAAGGGCGAUAUGCUGGUCCAAAAUUACUCUGGACGUUGCAUGUUUCACUGCCACAGCAAUGGGAAGUUGAUACAGGAAUUCCGAUGGGAGUUGUGGGGGUCUAGCAUUACUGGACAUUUGUUGAAAGAGAGCCUUGUCAACCAUGCUUUCUUUCCGAAGCGAGGCGCUGCUCGUGUUGGACAACCUCAUUUAUUCAAAUGGCUCUAAGGUGCCUUGAUAUUCUGGGUAUGGCAGAUCAAUUCAGUUAUUUUACCUAUCUUGAUAAGAGUACCGGGCUACAAUGCGGACUGAUCUUUAGGAGUUUAGGUGCUGCUAGUGAAAGAACUCCGAACUUUGCCACUGUCGUUCGUUUUUGUACCAAUGCAACAGACAUAAUACAUUGUUUUACUCUCAUUUGUGUGUCUUCGUAUAUCGCCGCUGCUAUUUGUAUC